AUGGUUGACCGCUUCGUGCCAGACACCAUCUCACGACUCUUCGGCUGGACCUCAGGAGCGACCAGAGAGAUGUCGGCAUACACCAGCCAUGCUACACACCACCUUUUCGUCCCAAGCCCGACGUCAAGGCCACUGCCUAUCUGGGCAGCCGUUGUCCCACCAUUGACCUACUACAUGGCGCUCUUCCUGUUGCCGCCGCUGUCUUCGAAGAGCUUCUCCGUGACGAUUCGACGAGCAGCAUCGGCUGCUAGGACAGUCCUCGCCGCCAUCUCCGUCUACACCUUCGCCUCGCUCCCCUUCAAGUACUACUACCCCGGCAGCGCGGUGCUGACCUACCAGCUCGGGCUCGUCGGCUUCUACGGUGCCUCUCGCGUGCUCGACGUUUUCUUCCUCUCCUACCCGCGCAUUCCCCGUCGCAUCUUCAUCGCCACCUCCUCCAAAACUCCUGAGGGUAAGCGGGCGAACAUCACGCACCCCUAUAGCGCAGCCAAGAACGAAGAGUGGAAGACCGAACCGCUUCCCAAACAAGUCCUCUCGUUCGAACGCGCAUGGUGGGCGCUCGACCUGAUGAUCAGCAUGCGCGGCAUCGGGUGGGACUUUGCUUCGGCUGAUGUGCGUCAUGACUCGCACCCCUGGCAACCACCCAGCUCGGCCCAGCUGCGUAGAGCCUUCUUCAAACUCUUUCCCAUCCUCGUCGGGUGUACUUGGAUCAUUCACCAUAUGCACCCCAAGCACAUGUCGGCGGUCAGCCCGAGCAUUUUGGAUCUGGACCCGGUGAGGAGGGUGCUUUUCGUCGCAGCGACGGGGAUUUCGCUCUAUACGAUGUUUGACUUUGGGUAUACGCUGACGAGUGCGGUUGCGCUGCCGAUCCUGCACGAUGCAAGUGGUCCCGCUUCGCACCUUCAGCCGAAGGCGCUUAAGCAGGCCAACAAAGGGGGUCGCGUCGGCGCUCUUCGCAGCGGCAAAGGAGAAGAGUCGGAAGCAGAGACGGAAACCGAGGACGAGUCGCCUGCAGCGUUCCAAGCGCGAACGCAGCAGCACGAGCAGCUCUCGCUGCGCAACGUCGAUUUCUUCCCCCUGCUCAACCCGGCCGGAUUCACGCAGGCCACCACGGUGAGGCGAUUCUGGAGCUAUGCCUGGCACCGACUCUUCGGUCGCCCUUUCGGAGUGUACGGCAUCCUGCCGUUUACCUACGUCGCCUACCUGCUGCAAGAUCUCGUGGAAGGCAAGUUGAAUGACCCGAAACGCAAACAGGCAAGGAGGGAGAUCUGGCCCUCGUACCAUCCGGACCCGAUGCGUGCUCUCGAGCGCGGUCGUGCGGACUGGGCCAAGGUUCUCGGCGCAUUUACGGCUUCAGGAAUCAUCCACGCCGUGUCGGAACGCGCCGCGCUCGGUGGAAGGAUUGCUGUCCCCGUCACGAACAUCUGGCUCGACAGGAAUCACGCUAAAGGCAUGGGUCACGAGCUGAGGAACUUGCCCUCGCUAGCUGGGACGGGGUGGUUCAGGUUGAGCCCGCUGCAAUUUGUUCCGCCCAUCUCGGGUGCGGGCGAGUUCAGCUUCUUCUUCCUCAACGGCGUUGCUGUCGUCAUCGAGGGUGCGGUCGCGAAGUACGUGGAGAAGUACAGGAAGAGCAAGAGUGCAGAUGGGAAAUACUACAGCAUGUGGUACGACAGGUACGUGUCCAUAGCUUGGACGCUUUCGGUGCUGCUGUUUACGGGACAGGCGUUUGUCGAAGGAUGGAUCCGCAGUGGCAUCAGCAAGGAGAUCGGACUUGUCAUGAGCUAG